AUGGCUGAGGAUCGUCCGUCUCCAGCGAGACAGAUGUCCCUGAUACCAUAUGCCCACGACACUCGCGAGAUCGUGCUACGCCGCGGCAAUGCUGUAGUGGUGUACGACUCCACUUCGAGACAGCUCUCCGUACGCGAUGCAGCUGAUCAGCCAGUUGAGCUGCCAGAUUGUCCUUAUUGCCAUCGCCCUCUACGAAGAGAGCCCUCACCAGAAGAUGGCGAGCACUACCGGUCCUUUCAGUCCGAAAGACCAUUCGUCGAUCCGGAAUACUUUUCGAUGCUCGCAGCAAGUCAACGACCAUCACCCGAUGCAUCUGGCGAAUCUGUACCCAAUCGUCGCGUGCAUGCCGCUCUGCGAUCUGGCCGAUCUCGCGAGGUCAGCGGCUCAACAGCACCAGUGACUGGAGCAGAAUUUGUAGGCAGUGAGCCUGCUACUUCGACUGGGCAAGGCAUCAGUGCGUCCGCGUUUUCACCUGGCUACUUCCAGCAGUUCUUCCGAGAGGAGCGCGAGCUAGGCCGAGGUGGCAACGGCGUUGUUCUUCUUGUGGAGCAUAUGAUUGAUGGUGCAUCAUUGGGCCACUUUGCCUGCAAAAGAAUCCCUGUCGGCAACAGCAAAGCGUACUUUGAGAAGGUCAUCAUUGAGGUUCGCUUACUGCAGAACAUCCCGCACAAGAAUCUGGUCGCGUAUCACUGGACAUGGCUGGAAGAUCACCAGCCUUCCAAAUUCGGUCCUAAGAUACCAUGCCUGUGGAUCUUGCAAGACUACUGCAACGGUGGUGACCUGCACAAUCAUGUCCUCGGGCCGCAACCAAUCCGCUCUGCGACGGAAGAACUCAAGAAUCGGAUGCGAAGAAGAUCCAAAGGAGAUGCCAGUCCCCCUAGCAAUUUGCGCAGUCAGAGUCGGCUGUCGUUUGACGAGAUUUUCUCCUACUUCAGAGACAUAACAUCAGGCUUGCAUCACCUGCACAGCAAAGGCUACAUUCACCGAGACCUGAAGCCGUCGAAUUGUUUGCUUCAACAUGAUGAAGGACGAACGAGAGUUCUGAUCUCAGACUUUGGCGAGGUACAGGCUACGGGAGCGGUUCGAGGAUCUUCUGGUGCAACAGGGACGAUAUCAUACUGCGCGCCGGAGGUAUUACAGCGUGGACUCGACGGCGCACUCGGUAACUUCAGCGUAAAGUCGGACAUCUUCUCGCUCGGCAUGGUCGUCUACUUCAUGGCUUUUGGAAGAUUGCCAUAUCUCAACGCAGAUGGAGUCAAUGAGGAGAAUGAAGAUCUCGAGCUUCUUCGAGCUGAGAUCACAAAAUGGCAGGGCUUCAACGACGAUGCACGGGCACGACCGGAAUUGCCCGAUAAGCUCUACAGGUUUCUCCGGCGUCUUCUCAGCGUCGAUCCGAACCAGCGACCCAGCACCGGCGAAAUAUUGGCCAGCAUCAAACACGGCGUUGCCCAUGAAGAUGCAGGCUGGUCAUUCGAAGACCACAACCCUCGUGUCACGAAAGUGGACUCGCCAGCUCCAAAGCCGUCCUCUCGAACGCAGCGGAAGAGCUCCUACCUGUCAGAUUCCGGCGCCGUGUCGCCUAUACGACGUCGUUCGAGCAGCAAUGUCCGAUCACGAAGUCCUCAAAAGCAAUCACAAUCGCUCAGCCGGCCAACGAGUCCAUUAGGAUCAUCCAUGGAUGUUGCUCCUCGCAAGGUCGACCUACCACCACCUAGCACAGCUGACCAUCCUUCGCCGCAACAGAUCCCUCGACUGAUGCUCCCACCACCUCCCGAUCGACCCAUAUUCAGCGGCUUCGCGCGGCUGCUGUACCAACCGCAGACAGUGAUCGCUAGCAGAGCGGCACUGUUUCUGGCCAAAGUGCUUUCACUGUCCAUGCCAUGUGCGCCUUACGCUGCGAAUGCUUGGCUGCUGUAUCCUCUGCUUGGGGUAGCGGCGUUGGAUCUUGGGUUGCUACAAUUCAGUCUGCGCAGGACUCUAGUAUUGGUUACGAUUCAUGUGGUGGUGAUCAUGCUGGCUGCGCAACGGGCUAGGCUGUGCGAGGCUGGCAAUGUGCUUGUGAAGGACAAGUGA